UCUCUCUCUCUCUCUCUCUCUCUCUCUCUCUCAGCUUCCUGUAUGAAGCUGCAGUAAGCAGAGCUGAAAGCUGACGCAACACCAGAGAACUCGGAUCUCCAGUAAGAACCUGACGAUGAGCAAACUGGGGACACUGAACGAAAUGGACCACCUGAAGAGGUCAGGAUUUGGCGGAUAUUACCCGAGACACGGUCUCAAACUGCUGUACUGGUUCGCCAAGGACUUCAUCACAUUUGAUAGGAGCAACAAUAUCACCUCUACGUAUCAUCCAGAGAGAGGAGACUUCGGCUUCUGCUACUUCCAGAACAGAUUAGACCAGAACGUUAAACUGCUGCCGGACGUGGUCCACAAGUACUACGAGGUGGGCAACCUGAGCUCUUCAGGAAGACACGAUUUCCCUGAUUAUGUCACUGAAGACUACACCGGUGAUGAGGACGACAGUAACAUGGACCGCAUCAUCAUUAGCAUCACCAAAAUGAAUGAUAACGUUAAGUGGUUUGAGAUGGUUUACGUGACUGAACAUAUCGAUCUGAAAAACUUCAACCGUAAAGCCACCUACCGCAUCAGCAAGGGUCUCCUGAAGCACAUCAGGAACCUGCAGUUGGAGGAGUUUCUAGAACUGGCUGGAUAUCAGGGAGAAGUUGUUCACCAACUUGUGAUGAUCGAUGACCCCGGAGUCGCUGAGAACCAUGUAACGAUUGCAGUAUCAUCUGAUUCAGACAGUGAAAGCGACAGCUUUAUGAAUGAGCAGAUGUAUGAAUCUACACGGAGCAGAAGGAGAAACAGACGCUGUGAAUGUACUAUACUUUAGAAUUAUACAAUUUUACAUCCCAAAAUCUGGACCAAAUACAUAUGUUUUUGUUGCAUUGUGUACACUGCAGUGAAUGGUCCAAAAACUCAUGCAAUUUUGCACAGGCAUGGGCUUGGGCUCCCAUAGUGCCUCCCUGUACACUCAUUGACGUCCUCAUAAAGAAAAGGGAUUACUUGAUUUUAUCUGACUGUCCAACAGGAAGUCAGCCAUUUUGGCAGUUAUUCAACUUGACUUGACUUAAAAAUGUUCUGCUGCUUUUCAUAUUUUUAGCUACAAAAGUGUUUUUCUCGCUGCAAUCAAAUCAAACCAUGGUUCAGUUGAUCUGAACCGAGUUCUUGUCUGACAAAUGUUGGUCUUGGGGUCAAGACCAUUGUUUGUGGGACCAUUCACACCUGCUGUUUUGGUUUAGACCAAACUACAUUUUUUUAUCUAAAAAUCUGCCCCACUCAAGCUCUAUAUGUGAAAGCACAGCACCUUAUUCCUAGUCCACACUACACAAUUUUUAGUUGCCAACUGUUUUAGAGGCACAUUGACAAUCCCUCAGUGCUACAGUCGAGUACAGCCGCUGUAUGACCGCUGAUGAGUCACAGACGCUCAGCAAACAUCUAUCAGCUUUGACAUCUAGACCAGUCAGCAACUGUGAGUCAAAAACUGCGCCUACCUCCCUACCUACAUCCAAAUAUUGAUAUACAGCUACGGAAAAAAAUAACCAAUUAAAAAGACUACUUAGAAAUUAUGAGAUUUCUUUUUAUUUUACCAAACUGAAAACCUCUGGAAUAUAAUCAAGAGGAAGACGGAUGAUCACAAGCCAUCAAAUCAAGCUUGAACUGUUUACAUUUUUGCACCAGGAGUAAAGCAGCAUAAAGUUAUCCAAAAGCAGUGUGUAAGACUGGUGGAAGAGAAAAUGCCAAUAUGCAUAUCAUAUCAUAUAUGCAUAACAUGCCAAUAUGCAAUCACAUGCCAUGUGAUUAAAAACCAGAGUUAUUCCACCAAAUAUUGAUUUCUGAUCAACUGCUGUGUUACCAGUAUAGGGUAUGUUUUUUCCCACCAGCUUGACCAUCAAAAACCAGCAUAAAUCAUCUGAAACCAACUAUUUCUAGAGAUUCUCAUGCAGUUGGGAAGAAGAUUUGCUUUGUUUAUGGAUUUUUUCACUUUUGAAUAUGAUAUAUAUAUUUGCUGAUACAAAUUAUUAGAACAAAACCUGUAUCAAAAUAUAUAUUUUUUUACACUGUAUGUUUAAAUAGUUUUACAUAUUUUCAUGUGUUUACUGUUUUCUAUGCAUAUAAUAAACUGUGCAGUCUUUUAUGUCAAGAAGGUAGAUAAAUUAGUGAGCUAUGAAUUAAAUAUUACUGUUAGCUGCCAGUCUAGCUAUUAUGGUUAUAGUAGAUAAUUGAAGACACAUUAAUUGUAAUACAUUAUUAAAGACAUAUCAAUCUAAAACAUGUUGUUGGUUCUAGGAGGCAGUAUGAGGACUAUUAAUAUUUUUGACACUGUUAAUAUUAUUAAUACCAUGACA